AUGAGAUUUCUUAUAACAAUAUCUGAUUCAACAAAAGACAAAUGUAUUGAAAACCUUCAAGAAAUUGGAGAAUCAAUAAGCCAUGAUGCUGUCACAUUCAUUUUUCGUAGUAACGAAGCAGACAUAAAUGAAAUGUUCACUAUAUUUCCAAAAAUAGAUGGCAAUACUUGUAAAGAAGUUGUCGAUCAACCAAAACACAUAAAUACUUGUAUCAAUGGUACUCUUGACAAUGAUGACAUUUUUCCGAUCAAAAACCCUGGCAAUUUAAAUAAAUGUCCAUUUAAGGUAGGCAUGUCUACGCUGUUUCCUUUUUCCACUAUGAAAAACAAAGAAAAACUUAAGCUGUAUGACCGUGUUGAUGAUAUUAAAGGAUCUGAUUUUGAAAUCAUGAAAAUUAUCAAUGAAUAUUUUAACGCUACUUUGGAGAUUUAUUAUAUUUUUAAAACAGAAGAAAAUCCUUAUUCAGAUGUAGAGUUUAUACCUUUUGUCAUAAAUGGAAGCCUGGAUGCGUGUGCCGGUGGCAUAUACAGAAUAUAUGGCGACAUAGUUGAGUAUUCAGGAAUAUACGUCAGCCAGGGCAUAUUUUGGGUAUACUACGUCGAAAGAGAAGACAGAUCAUGGCAAAAUUUAAUGCACAAAUUGAAUGAUAUCUACAUCUUCAUGAUAUUCUACAUAAGUUAUUCAAUUAUAUGGUGCCUUAUACGUCUGUUUGAUGGGGAAGCAGUGUCAUUGAUGAAAACAUUGCUAUAUUGCUGGGGUGCACUCGUUGGCGCAUCGUCUUUGCAAGACCCAAGAUCACGAAAGCAGAAGUUUUUAACUUUAAUGUACUUGAUCAUGUGUAUCUAUCUAUCUGCGUACGUAAGCAUGCAGUUUUAUGCAUUCCUCACGAUAACCGCACCGCCUCAUACUUUUAAAACAAACAGUGACGUCAUGGAGUCAGGAAGAACUGCCUACUUAAAGGAUAUCACUAAAUACUUCAUAAGUGAUGAACGGUAUACUCGAUUCGCAAACAAAUCGGCCGAUUGCGUAUCGUUUCUCGACUGUUCAGAGAAAACCUUACUCUAUAAUGGGCUCACAGUUAUAUUACAAGGUUUCUUUUACAAUUUCCAAGCGGCGACGGCUGUGAAUGAUGAAGCUAGGAUUCUGCGAGCAACAGAGAAUAUGUUGACUGUGUACAAUGAAAUGAUAAUUAGGAAAGAUAGCCCGCUUGUGGAGAAGUUUCAAAAGGUUAUGCAGAGGUUGUUUGAAGCUGGUAUCACUAGGAGAUUAUUUACGGAGGCUAUUGGUAUUUCUGUAGUGGCUAAAGCAAAGAGUGCGAACACUAAUAUGAUAUCAAGUAGCUACAGCUGUCAAGCUGGAUGUUCGAUAACUUUAAAACAGUUUGCAGGAGUGUUCUAUGCUUGGAUUUUUGGAUGCAUCAUCUCAUGUGUGGUUUUUGUAUUAGAAAUAUUUCUGAAACGUGAAAAAAGAUUGUUGACGAAAAUUGAAUAA